CACACCUCGCCAUGCACCGUUCUCUUCCCUCCCUGUACAACCCCACUGACAUGCCCGCCAACGCCGUCGCGAUCGUUUCGCUCGAACAGCUUAAGGGAUCUCAGGCGACGUUUCCACCGAAGCAAAUCGACCUUGCGGCAAGCGAGGACUGGAGAGCCAUCCUGGGCAGGGCCAGCGGACCUACUCCGUCUGGCGAUGCGCCCACCUGCGAACCCAACAACGGGCUAUUUCCUAGCCUUGCCGUUGAUAAAGAGGCUGGGAGCCGGUCGGUGUAUCCCAGACAUGCAGAGCUGGUAUUCGACCCAGUGAGGAGCCAGGUGAGCAUCGUCUCUCCGAUCGCGCUGAAAUAUGUGACGAGAAGUUUCGUACUAGGUCAUGCUCAGGAACUUGGACAACCACAGGGGUAACAUCGUGUUUCGCGGUGUACCCCAUCACAGUGAAGAGUUAUUCACGGCAAUGAAAUACUACGCGGAGACAAUGCCCAAGGGCAUCGAGGCAUAUGUGCUUGAGAACCCGGGCGAUGAGAUGGCGCUCAAGACCGGAGACGUGAUCCAACUCGGUUACAAGAUGACGGAGCCCACGUCUAGACAAGCCGUAGGGACUAGUUUCCCCAUUUUCGCCCGAGUAAGUUUGACGGUCACGGCGGAAAGCAGGCGCGACUCCAUCGAGCCGGCCAGAAGAGAUUCUAUCCUGCUCAUCCAGCCGAACCUCUUUAUGUAGCUUCUCGUAUCGAUUGUCAUGUAACGGUCGCG